AAUACAUACAUCCCUUUAACUUGCAGUUUAUGAGAUACAUAAUCCGGGAUUCUGCUGAAAAGAAAAAUUUAAAGUUCAAGAUUUGUGAUACAUUGGGAAUAGAUACAAACCAAACACUUUCGAGUAAAUGGAUGAAUGACAAAGAUUUAGGAUACAUGCUGGAUGGAAAUUUACCAAAUCAGUAUACUUUUAAUUUAAAUUCUUUUGCGUCAGAGCAUGUAAAGGGGUUUGUUAAAAAUCCAACCUUGCAAGAAAGAACUCAUGUGGUUUGUUUCGUCAUUGAUGCAAGCAACAUAGGAUCCAUAACAAAAGGAAUUACUGACAAACUCCAGCAGAUCAAGGAAAAUGUGGCUGACAGGGGUAUACCGCAUUUAAUAAUCCUGACAAAAAUAGACCUCCUGUGUGAAUUGGUCGAUCAUGAUGCCAGCAAUGCCUUUGUAAGCGAAAAAAUUGAGAUGGUAGUUAAUCAAGCUGCAGCAAUUAUGAAGGUGCCAAGAAAUCAUGUGUUCCCUGUAAAGAACUACGAAAAGGAACUACAUCUGCAGAUGAACAUGAACAUUUUAGCACUCAGUGCAUUAAACCAGGUCCUCCUAUUUGCAAACGAUUAUUUGGAAAACCAAUACCAAUUACAAAAGGAAAGUGAACAUGAACUGAAUUCAAAGAACUAA